CAGGAAGAACUGAAGAUCUCUUAAAUACGCCAACAUAUGUUGAGAAGCAUAAAAUGGCUGGUAUCUGUCAAAUGUGUUUCCUGGGACAAGUGAUUCUCUCUUCUUUUCUUACAGGUACGACUGGAAACAGGGAUGUGUUCAGUAGUUCAGGUGAAGAUGUCUCUCUGCCCUGCGAUAAUGCUUUAUCUGGCUGCACCUCAACUGUAUGGAACUACAACCAAAAUAUCAGAUCAAGUGCAGUAGAACUGUUUGCUAAAGGAAAAAAGAAGAAUAACAUAAAGAGACAUGAGAGACUGAGUCUGGGGUCUGACUGCUCUCUGAACAUCUAUAAAACAUCAGAAGAAGAUCAUGGAAUGUACACCUGCCAACAAUUUGUGUAUGAUACGCCAUAUGGAACUGAUAAAAGUGUUUCACUACAUGUUCUUCAUGUCUCAUCCACACAGAAUGAGAUGAGAUCAGGCAGCUCUGUGACUCUCUCCUGUCAGUUGUUUUCACAUGAAAACUCUUGUGAUACUUUGUUUCGUACUGAAGGAUUUCAGCUGGUUUGGGUGAAUCAGGCUGGUGUUAAUCUGCACAAAGACUUCAGAUAUCAGAUAUUGUUACCAGGACAGUGUAUCAGCACUCUGACUACAAAACUUCUGAAUGAAGACAACAACACAGAGUGGAGAUGUCUGCUUAAAAUGAGGAAAGAGACUAAGACCACAGCCAGUUAUACUGUCAGGUUUACAGGUUCAAACACAGUGAUUCCAGUCACAACCAUAAACAAGGCAACAACAAACGCAUCAGAAACUGAAGGCAGUAAGAUUUGUGUGUCAUUAUACAGAGUGAUUGUAGUGAUUGUUCAGAUCUCAGUAUUUGCGGCUCCAACUGUGAUUUUUCUCCAGAUCAUCUGUGCAAGAAGAGCUUCAGGAAACAGAAGGAAUGCUCACCCAGAAGACACAGUGAUAUCAACUAUAUAAAAUUACGAACAAUAGACAAAAGAUUACAGUUAGUUUUCAGAAAGAUUUAAUUAAAGGAUUUUAUAGGUGUUUGCAUACAAUUUUUAAAAGCGUUUUCACUGAUCUACUUUACAGUUUAAAUGAUCUCUAGUGAUCUUUGUUUUUGACUUUGCACCAUUACUAAUUAUUUUCUUAAAUAUGCCUCUUAACUUGAGUACAACAUUGUUUGUGGAGAUUCCACUUUAUUGGCUAAAAGACUUCUGGAUUAAACUGAUUUAUUAAGCUAUAUGUAGAUGUAAUUGUAAAUUGUUGGAUUCCUUUGAAAGUUUUUUUUCAUUGUAUUGGCAUAUGCCUCAGUUAAUACAACCGACCAAAAUAAUGUCCUGAAAUAUAAAAAUAAUUUACUGUAAAGAGGAAUAGUGUAGGUUGGUCAUUGGUUUGGUCAAUUUGGAACAGAAAAGGAUACUAAUAGGAAACACGUGAAAAUAAUAGUUACGUUUUCACAACGUUUCGAGGCAUUUAUAUGAUGCGUUGAAUGGUGUGAUUUUAUGCUCGUUGUUGAGAGGAUGCUAUCAUGUUUAUCUAAAAUAAAUGUUUCACAUUUAGUGUA